CUUAAAAGAAAUACAAGCAGUUUGAUUUUGAAAUUUAGUUACCUUUUGGACUCGUCAGCUCAUUAACAUCCUCUAUAUAUAGUUGCUUUAAGCUUCAGAAGCUGCUCACCUCUCUGUAUCAAUGGCAGCUCCUACAGAAUCAACACAAGUUGCCACUAGAAAUGUUGCUGCGAUUUUUGGGGUUACUGGGCUUGUUGGAAGAGAGCUGUUGAGACGUCUGCUCUCAGAAUCCAAAUGGAAAGUUUAUGGUAUAGCUAGAAGGUUUGAGAGCUUUCCUACCCAAAAUCUUAAUUAUCAUUUCAUCUCAUGCGACUUGCUAAACGCUCAAGAAACCCAAAAGAAGCUCUCUAUUGUACAAGAUGUCAGUCAUGUGUUUUGGAUCACUUGGGCAGGCCAAUUUCCUCUUGAUAGCGGGGAAUGUUGCGAGCAGAACCUGAUCAUGAUGUCCAAUGCCUUGAAUGCUAUCCUCUCCAAAACUAAGACAUUGAAGCAUGUUUCGCUCCAGACGGGAAUGAAGCAUUAUGUGUCACUACAACAAACACAUAAUUUGAAACAAGAAGUUUGCUUCCAUGACGAGGAUUGUCCAAGAGCGAGUGAAGGGUACAACUUCUACUAUGUCCUUGAGGACUUGAUCAAGGAGAGACUUGCAGGUAAGGUGGCGUGGUCUGUGAUAAGGCCUGGCUUGUUAAUGGGUAGUUCCAAUAGGACUUUGUACAAUGUCAUGGGUUGUUUGUGCGUUUAUGGAGCUAUCUGCAAAUAUUUAAAUCUCCCUUUUGUUUGGAGGACAAGGGAGGUUUGGGAGGAGGUAUGCAUGGAUGGGUCUGAUGCUAGGUUAGUGGCUGAACAGCACAUUUGGGCAGCCACUAAUGAUGAAAUAUCUUCCACAGAAGGUCAGGCAUUCAAUGCGAUUAAUGGCCCGUGCUUUACCUGGAAGAAAAUCUGGCCAGUUCUUGGAAAGAAAUUUGAAGUGGAAGUGCCUCAAGACAUGUUCUUGAGUGACUUCAGGUUUGCGACGGCAAUGAGUGACAACAAGAAAGUGUGGCAAGAGAUUGUAGCAACAGAAGGACUAGUAGAGACAGAGAUGGAAGAUCUGGCCAAUUGGGAGUUCUUGGAUGUCUUGUUUCGUUGUCCAGUGAAACUGCUGGGGAGCAGAAAGAAAACUGAUCAGUUGGGUUUUACCAUGAGAUCCAACACAAUGGAAUCAAUCUUGUAUUGGAUUGACUCAAUGAGGAAUGACAAGUUAAUUCCUUAAAUCUUUUAUUAGAUCUUUAAUUUGAGACUUUGAUUAUGAGUAGAGGAAAGAAAGUGGUGCACCGCAAAGAAAGUGCUGCUCUUUCUUAUGAGUCAAUAUGAUACGGUGGAUAUUAUGAAUUAUUUAAAAGCAUCCCAGAUUCGCCAAUUAAGCGCCCACCUCUUCUUACUGGUCUCUGCCUCGGAGGAGCAAAUUAGAUGCCCUUACUUGUUCACGUCCAAAUCCUACUCCCACGGAGCAAGCAAGAGACAUUAUUUUCUCACUGGGCACGGAUAUUUAGAGAAGAUUAUCAUGUCUCCCUUUCUAGAUCUACUUUUGUGGGAAGCAAAUAAU